AACGCUAACGGUCGCGUUUAAUGCUCGCGAUGUGCACACGCCAUUGAUCGAUAAAUUGAAAUAUAAAAUUCGGGACGCGUAGUUAAACUUCUGUUUGAAUUAUGAAAUUGACUCUUAAAAUUAAUGGAAACGUUCUCUUUAUCUCUGGACGAAAUACAUCGGGAGAUGGAGGAGUUCAGUAGACCAGUAGAGUCUAUAAUGAGAUGUCAAGAUUUUAAGAGUAAUUUUGCUAGGAAGCUCUCCAAUCGUUACAUUUCGAGGUCACCAGUUUCUUCUCCUAAGCAAGAUACUGCGUUGAAACUGCAAGCAUUUGACAGCAAUGCUGACGAAAACGUUCCAGAUCAUGUUCCAGAAACCAUGGAGCUUGUUACUCAACUUUCAAAAACCGUUAAUAUGGAGCAAAUUGGCAAAACUAUGAAGACUCCCGACAAGACGAAUUUGAAAAAUUCUAAUCUUCAUUGUACCGAAGCAACAGUUUUGAACAUGGAAGUCGAAACACUGAGGUGGCAAUUGACACAGACGGAAGCUAACAGGCAAAUGCAUAUAGCGCUACUGAAGCAGAUUGUAGCUUUUCUGAACAGAGUUAAGGAGCACAUUGAAUCACAAAACGAGAUGAAUAAGACCAAGACAACGAUAGUGCCGGGUAGACUUUCAACAAGCUCUUUCAGCACGGCCGACUUACCUCGGUCGCUGUCGGUUGUACACGUAAACAGAAACAUAGAAAUUACUACAAAUUCGGCCAAAAAGAUUAAUACUAGGAAAAUCAGUAAAUCAAUUAGCAAUGUCAACGGUUUCAUGGACUGCAGCAAAUUUUGGAGCCAAUCAAAAAUAUCUUUGACGUCCAAUAAUGAAACAUCUCAAAAGAUAUCAGAAGAAAUGUCCAGGUUGAUCAAUCUUGCCAAUACCGUACUAAGUACAAAUCUGCCGGAGCUCUCGUCUACUUGCAAUGACAAUGCCACUAAUAUGGUAACUUCUUCGUUUAAAGUUGACGACAGUACUUUAAACGACGACGUUAAAAAGUCGAAAGACUCGGCUGUUGCCUUAACACUCAUUGAAGAGGACAGUACUUUUGAAAUGCAUGGAACACAAAUGAGUGAGCUUCAAAGACACUAUUUUGAUAAGUUCCCCAUAAAGCCGCCAAAUCUGGGUAAAUCCGACGACGACGAAAUUAAUAUUAAGAUAAAUGAAGUCAACUAUUCUGCACCAAGAGCCGAAUCAGAAAAAAAUACGACACGCAAAAUAACUAUCGACAGAAAGAACGACUUCAAUUCUUCCCAGUUUAUGGAAGAUGAAAGUGGUUUCUCUUCAAUGAGUUCGUUCCAAGAUAUUGGAAUACCGAUAAUAAGUAUCAUUCCUCCCUCGCCUUGUAAAGAAGUUGGUUAUAUGGUGGAUAUGCCCGACAUUAUAGAAGAUUCGGAGAAAUGGAAGACUGAUACGAUAGAACUUGGGAAACAACCUGUGAAAGUCUUUUGGGUAUAACAUUGUACAAAUGUGUCAAGUAGAUUCUUUAAUAAAAUAGUAUUUAGAUACGGUAUACCUACGGUUUUGAGGCUAAUAUGGUAGAUUUUUUGUCCGUAACUAAUACGAGUAUAACGGUAAAAAGUGUUUUCCACUUUGUGUAAGUUAUAACGUUGAGUAUUGAUGCUGAUGAGAACAAAU